UGAAGGCUUUGGCUAUCAGCACAGACAUCUUCCCUGUCCUCUCCUACAUACUGUCUCUCUCUCUCCCUCCCCCCCCCAAGCGUCGUCAGGGCGUGCGUGUGUGUAGCAGCUGCAGGCUCGGAAGCCAUGAGCUUGAUCAGCAUGAUGGAGGCGCGGCUGCCCCCGGGGUUCCGGUUCCACCCGAGGGACGACGAGCUCGUGCUCGACUACCUCUCCCGCAAGCUCUCCGGCGGCGGCGGCGGCGCGUACGGCGGCAUCGCCAUGGUCGACGUCGACCUCAACAAGCGCGAGCCAUGGGAGCUGCCAGACGAGGCGUGCGUGGGCGGCCGGGAGUGGUACUUCUUCAGCCUGCACGACCGCAAGUACGCGACGGGGCAGCGCACCAACCGCGCCACGCGCUCCGGCUACUGGAAGGCCACGGGCAAGGACCGCCCCAUCUCCAUCUCCGGCCGCCGCGCCGGCGCCGCGGCCGUGGUCGGGAUGCGCAAGACGCUGGUGUUCUACCAGGGCAGGGCGCCCCGCGGGAGCAAGACCGAGUGGGUCAUGCACGAGUUCCGCGUGGAGGGCCCGGCCGUUGCCGUUGCCGGCCGCCCCUGCUCACCUCUCAAGGAGGACUGGGUGCUGUGCAGGGUGUUCUACAAGAGCAGAACCACCACGGCAAGACCAGCAAGCACCGACGAGGCCGCGUCGCUGUCCAGCGAGCUCAUCAGCCUGCCGCUGCCGCACAUGCCCCCUGCUGAUGCCUACCUCGCCUUCGACCACGGCGCGGCGGCCGCCAUCGAUGGCUACUACCAGCAGCAAGGCGACGCUGGCCUCCCGGCGUUGCACCACCAGCCUACGCUGCUGCCGCUCGACAAGGGCCUGUCGAGCUUCGGGGACCUGCUGAGCAGCAUGGUGGAAGGCAGCGACGGCGGCGGCUCGAUCGCGAAGGCGGAGCUCCACCAGGACUGGACGGAGGCGGCCUACGCGCAGCAGCAGCAGCAGCAGGGCGGCGUGCCGGCGCAUGGGCCACAGGCGUGGAACCCGUUUCUGAGCUCUGGAUGAGAGCGGAGCGCACGGCUAGGCUAACGUGUGCGUGGCGUUGCAGGCACCACGCGUGUAGUGCGUAGUGAGCAGCUUGGUCGACGUCUUCUCUGUAGCUUGAUCUGGUUAGUGUGAUCUCUGCCGUUUGUUAGCCGUAGGCUUGGUGCAGUAGCUUUUGUACAAAGGAUUGUUGCAGAAAAAUACAUUCUUUUGUAUAUUUUAAAAAUUCUCAAUAGAAUUUUGAUGAAAUUUCUUGAAUGAAUGGUGAAAAUGGA